UCCAGGUAUCGCUAAAUUCGUGGUUCCUCACAUCUGAAGAAAAGUGUUCGCCUCGCUGAAAGGAAGGAUAUGAAACAGCCAAGUAUCCGAUGACGUGGGGUGGAACAACAAGGAACACAAACACAACCCACAAAGACGGCCUUUCACUUUUCUUGCUUUUUUCCGUCCUGUUCCUCGGAAUAAAGGGUUCUGAGACAUGAGCACACCGCCUAGACGGACGACGACGACCAGCAGCUGAUGGACGGCAAUCGUUUCUUCAGCAAGCAACGUGAUAUAUCGGAUUCUUACGAACGUCUAAUAAGUGAGGAGCCAAGCAUUGAAUCGCGAUUGGUCACUACGAGUUUCAGGAUCUUUUGGUCACGAUUUUAUCAGGAGCUUUCUCGCGAUCGUGAGAAGGACAGGUCGUGAGCACUUCUGAACAGAUGGGCAUGGAACGUCCGUUUGCGGCGAAUCUUAGCUCUGUGAAUGAGUUCCUGAUGAGACACGAUAUUAAUCUCGAUUCGUUGUGGGAGAUGGUUCUAGAGCUUAAUUCUAGGACCGCGGUCCUGUUGAAGAGGAUUGAGGCGACGAGGAAUGUACAGCUGCAGAAUGGGGUUAUGUGGAUGAGUAUCGGAAUGCUCUUGAGCUUCUGUACUUUGAUUGGGGUCGGGAGGGGCUUGGUGUAUCUGUUCAAUCGACAGGCAAGUGGGACGACACAGUAUGGGAAGAUGUUGGACGGUGAAGUCAUGAUGAAUGGGAAUGGAGCUGGAAAGGAACCGGAUGUUGAACAUAAUGUCACGGUCAAUGGGAAUGGGACCGCAAAGAAGGAGAUUUACAGCAAGGACGACCAUGAGAUUCUGGCCAUGAAACAAGAGCUGAAUGCAGCAAGAGAAGAGAUCGGAAGGUUGAUGCUUUUCAGAGACGAAGCAGAUGGACUGAGGUCUAGACUUGACCUGUUGAGUGACGGAGCCAAAGAUCAUGAGAUGGAGCAAGAACGCUUCACAGCUUUGGAGCAAGACCUUGCAGCUGCGAGAUCUGAGUGUGAGACGCUGAAAGAAGCUCUCAGGACGAAGGAAACUGAGAACAGCAAGUUUCAACUAUUUGGAACUGAGGCAGACGAGCUUCGCUCACACCUGGAAUUGUACAAAGACCAAGCUGCUUCCAAAGACACAGAGCUCGAAACCCUAAGGACCGAAAAGGCCGCAGUCGAGAAAGAUCUCGAGACAGCAUACAAAGAGUUCGAAACCGUCACCCAACGCGCCGCCGAGUCUUGCGAGAUCGAGGAGAAGCUUCGAGUCGAGAACGCGGAGCUCACCAAGAAACUAGAAGCACUGAAAGAAGAGCAUGAACGCGAUUCAAAAGCGCUGAAGGAUACUCAUGAGAACGACUUGGCUAAGCAACAGUUGGUUCAUGAACAGGAGAAGCAGCAUCUGAAGGAUGAGUACGAAGGGAAGGUGAAGGAGGCAAAGGCAGGAACGAGGCAGAGGCCAGUUAGUGUUGCUUCAUCGAGUCCGACGGAAACGGAAGGUAGCCCAGGACGUCGAACGCCAACCAGAUUCUUGGCCAGUCUGAAGAGACAUUCUAGAAGCUCUCUGUCUGGGAGUUUUACAGAGAGCUCAUUGAAGGGCUCUAGUAGCAAGGAUCAGAAAGCGAGCAAGUGAGGAAAGAGAAGGCUAGGGA